GUAAAAUCGGGCCUUAUGCACCUGACACGUUCACAAUAUCGAUAUGAUAACAAAAUAUUCGAUUUUUUUUACGAUCGUCGCCUGCAUGAGUGUUUCGAUUGGCAUUCACCUUCACUGCAAUUAUUUACGUGAUGGUGUUAUCAACCGGUGGUGGUGUGUGUACCUGUGUCAUCAAUCAAACGCAGAUAGACUAUUGUUUAUAGCUUUGUUUUAAAUAUUUACCUUCUGCGUCUCCGCAAAUCACGUACACUACGAACAAUACAGAAAUACGCUGAAACCACAUUUGUGCAAUUAUGGAGUGAGAUUAUAUGUUUUGAUGAGUUUUGCGAUUGGUAUCUUGAAAAAAAGAUAACAUCAUGAUCUUCAAAAGAUGUCUAACAACCAAACGUUUCCAUUGUGACUAGAGUGUUGUCUUCUGUACUGAUACAGGAUGCAGAAACCGCAUAAAGAAACGAUAUAUAAGUAGAAUGUCCAAGAAAGUGACCGAAGAGAAAUCUCCCCUAUUAUUCGUUGUCGACGACAAUGAUGAUAUUCACCAGGCAAAACAGAAAAUGUACUUCGGAAAUGGUAGAUUUCGUGGGAUUACAAACGGAGCUACAGCUGUAUUCAUGCAAUUUCCAAAUUACAUCGGAACGUGUUGGGUGUCAACGGCGAUAUGCGGAUUACUAUUCUUCAUGCUGAUGUUGCUGUUAUUCUCGGCCAUCACUCCGAACGUCAUCAGAAUCCCUAGAUGUGCACCUUCCGAUGAUAUGGACAACAUGACUAUACAUCUAGUCCAUAUUGACCACCAUCCUUACGAAUGGACCAAGUCGGAGAUAAAUAUCAUCGAUAAAGUCGUCAAGAACUAUCCGAAUUACAACGUUCAUCUGAUAAUGAUCGAACCUCAACAUCGUUAUCGAUUCGAGAGGAGAAAACGCGGUGUUCCGAAGAGUAAGCAACUGGUCACAGUAACCACGACGUCAGAAGCUUCUUCGACAGAAAAAGUGAAGCGUACAGAUCAAUUUGGUAUGAGGUUUGAUCCAGCCAAGUUCCUGGACAUGCUCUUGCGAGGAACACUGAUAGGAAACAGUGCAUCGAGACGUUCCAAAAGAGCUCAGAGUACUGCUACGACGCCACCUUCCACCAGUACUACAAAAACGGUGUCGACAGUCAACGAUCUGUUGGAACUUUAUCCGAACAUCAUGGUUGAAAACGCCACCUAUCACCAAGUGUUUUUCCAAUCGCCUUUGUACGCGUAUUGGCCUUACCUGAACGACAGACUGAAAGUGUUCGCCGUGAGAGUUAUGCAACUUUGGCAGUACGGUGGUCUGAGCUUCGACUUGGAUCCUCCUACUGUGGCUGAUAAUACAGCAAAAAAUACGUCGGAUAGCGAUUCCUUGGACAAGGACUUUGACAUCUUCCACAAGCAUUUGCUCAAAUUCAUAAUCUCAGAUGCAGACAAAGGAUUGAAAGAGGAUAUUGUUGCGGCAGACGACGAGGCGUUGCACAUGGAAAGCAAAAUUCCGUGUCACGCUUUCUUCGGUGAAAUUUUGAUCAGCUUGAGGAAAGCGCAGCAUACGUCAACUGUCAAAAAUGUAAUCCAGUCGGCGACGAAGAUUUUCUGUACCCACUAUGCAUUCAACAAAGACUAUUGCAAGGCGAUUCUGAGGACGCGCUAAUUAUUAUUAUGUAGACAUUUUUUAUUGUAUAUUUUUAAUAAAAUAUUUUUUUUACGGAAA